UGACAGCGCGAAGGAGCGUGAGUGAGAGAGGGGAAUGAAUCUCGUGUCACGUUUCCCAGAUUUUCUAACCUGGUAUAUUUGACGUGUCAAAAUGUUUGUAUGUGACAAUAGCGAGAUUUCUCGUGAAAUUUCUUAACGUUUGAUAAUCGUAAUGAUAAGUAAUAAAGAUGAAUAGUUUAGGUUUAAGUCUAAUUUUCAGAAUGGGUUGUAUAUGCGCCAAAGAGACUGUUACAGUAAACUCCCGGAAAUAUACGAUUCGCGAACAUCUUGGAGAAGGUGGAUUUAGUACAGUAUUUUUGGCGGAAGAUACCGCGACGCACAAAAAAUAUGCUAUCAAAAAGAUCAUUUGCCAUGGACCAGAGGAUCAACAAUUGGCAAUGAAAGAAGUGGAAUAUUACAAGCAGAUAAAGCAUCCUAAUGUUAUAAAAUGCAUAGAUUCAGCUCGUGAAGGUGCAGCCGACCCGAUUGUCAAUACAACGAGCGAAGUGUUAAUCGUUUUACCAUAUUAUCACAGAGGAACGUUAGCGGAUGAAUUAGAACAACGAGCUAAAAAUAAUGAUUAUAUGAGCCCUGUGGAUAUACUUAAUAUUUUUCUACAAAUCUGUGAAGGUGUGAAAGCAUUUCAUGAAGCUAAGCCUGAACCUCUUGCGCAUAGAGAUCUGAAAACUGCAAAUAUAGUACUUAGUGACGACGGAACACCAGUGAUUAUGGACUUGGGCUCGGUAACAACUGCCAGAGUUCAAGUGUGCGGCACACAAGCUGCACGGACUCUGCAAGACUUAGCAGCUGAAAGAUGUUCCAUGCCGUAUAGGGCGCCAGAAUUAUUCAAUGUUGAAAGUUAUUGCAUGGUCGAUGAACGAACAGACAUCUGGUCAUUGGGCUGCACACUGUAUGCGCUGUGUUACUUUAAAUCCCCCUUUGAUACAGUUUACGAGCGAGGUGACAGUGUGGCUCUAGCUGUGAUAAGUGCGCAUGUAACAUUUCCAGAAGGUGCUCCGUACAAUGAGGAUAUGCAGAGUUUGAUCCUCUCAAUGCUGAAAGUUAACUCGAUGGAACGUCCAUAUAUAUACAGUGUGAUAGAAAAUAUACACGAUGCAAUAGCUAAAUUAGAAAGCAGAGCAUAAUUAUAUAUUAAUAUAUUUCUUACGGCGAUCAUUUAUACUCAGCGAUAUAUAAGAAGAAGUAAAUUCGGUGACAUAUGAGGCCGAAUUAUCGGACUCAAUUUGACGAGUGCAAUUAUCGAAUUAUAGAAGCCUGUAAGCAAUGCGAAGGAGGAUAUCUGAUAUCAAAGUAAAAGGUUGCAUUUGUAAAUGGAAAGUUAUUUCCAAAAUUACCGAAUUGAAACAAAAAUUACAGAACCACGAUGUUGUUAUUUGUAACGGGCA